UAAUCGUCAAAAGUGCUUUAUUUUUAAAUUAUAUUGUUUAAUGUUUCUCAUGUUUUUGUACAAAGUGAUAAAUCGCCAUUUAUAGAAUAAUUUGUGAAACUACCUAUCGCUAUGAAAAUCUUUUUAUUAAAUGAUAUAGUUGAACACAGAUAAAAUGGUUGUUUUAAAAUAAUCUGGAAAACUAAUGAAUAAACAUGUUUAACGUAUAUAAUUAAAUAAAAAAUUGCAUAGAAUUGAUAAUAAAUAAUAUUAAUUUAAAUUUUAAAAUAAAUACACAAUCUGUGUAUGUAUGUGCAAGAUGAUUUUAAUAUACCAAUAAUAUAACCUAAAUUCAGUUCGAUGAUUUAUUGUUUUACAUCGUAUCAUCUUCAAAGUUAAAAUAAUUACAAUAUACGCAUAAUAUGAAUUAUAAUAAAAAUAAGUGUAGAAAUGUAGUAACAAUUUUAUAAAUAUUUCAAAUAAAAUAAUUUAAAAAUACAUUUCAUAGUGUAAUUAUGACGCGCAAGUGUGUACUGUGUAAGGAAACCAAUUACAGAAACACUUAUAGCUUUUUCUCAGCACCAAAAGAUCCUGAAACCCGUAAAAAAUGGCAAAAUGCCAUAGCCAUUGAAAAUUAUGCUGUUACCGACGAUACAUAUGUUUGUAGUAAACAUUUUCACAAAGAUGAUAUUAUCACACAUUGGGUUAGUGGUGUACCUCCACAUGUUGUAACUAUUAAAUAUAAGAAAUGCAGAUUAAGACCAGGAGCUGUACCAGAAAGGAAUUAUCAUUCUGAAGAUGUCCAAGAAAAUUAUGAUGAUUCUCAGAGUAAUAUUGAUAAAUUUGAUAAAAUAGAUACAAUAGAAGAAAAAAAACCAGAUUUUCUUAUACCUAGAACUGAAGAAGAAUUACAAAUAAAUAAUGAUGAGAAUCAGUUUUCUUGUGAUUUUAAUGAUUAUAUCCAUAAUUCUAAAAGAAAUUCCUUAAAUAAAAUGGAAUUGAUGGAAAAUAGUCCAAAUGUAAAUAAUGCAUCUUACAAUGGAUCUAAAAUUAAAGAAUCUUUGAAACAAAAUAAAACAACAAACUUAAUGGAAAACUGUAUCAUUUCUGAAACAAAUUUGAUGGAAGGCGCAAAUUUUGAAGAUAAAAGAAAAAACCAAAGUCAAAUAUCUAAAGGAGAUUCCUAUUUCAAGAUACAGAAAAAAAGUUCAGAGUCUUCCUCCAAAAAUUAUAUUUCUGAAGAACAUGAAAUAAUAGAAUGGAAACACAAAACAGUGAAAAAAGAUACAUCAUCUAAAGAGAAAUCACCAGAUAAUUUUAAAACGGAGAAUGUAUAUAAGAUGUAUAUAGAAAAUCAAAUAGUACACAAUUUAAAUUAUAAUCAGUUAGAUGAACAUUAUUCUAUGUGUAAUGAAAUUGAUGAAAAUGAAAUGUUAUUUGAAGAUUUACUUGAAAUAUGUACUGAAAUAUUAUUACCACGUGGAUGGUCAUGUUUAGUAACUUCAAAAGGUCAUACAACAACAAUAGUAUAUUUAUAUAUGGGAAUGACAAAAAGUGGUAUGCCUUUCACAGAAAAGCAAGUAUUUAUAAAGAGUGAUAUGAUGUUGCAUUGUGUUGUUAUAAAUAAAGAAAUUAAUCCACUUAUUCACAAUCUUAUAAGAGAAGGAAAACAUUUAAAAGUACAGAAUUUAUCAGAUAUAGAAGAACUUAUUGAUGAAUUUGAUCGAAGAACUGUUUGUCAAGGUAUAUAUAAUUUCGGAAGAUUACAAGAUAUUAAUCGUAUCAUAGUUGCUUAUAAAGAUGGUAUAAAAUGGAGACACAUUUUAUGUCCAUUAAUAGUGAAUAACGAUUCAUCAAGAUGCACAAGAUGCAUUUCAUUGUCUCGUACAUUACAGCAUAAAUCAAAAAAUCUUGUAUUUCCUCACAAUUCUUCAAUAUUUAAAAACCAGCAUCAGAAAAUACAUUCAGUACGUCAUAAAUACAAACAUACAAGGAAACAAGGUCAUGGAUAUGAAUUUAUAAAAGUAUUCAAAUAAUAAUUUUAAAUAAAA